AUGGAGCAUAAGCGAUCUCGUAUCAGCGCGCGCUGCAAGAGGUGCCAGGCUGUCGUCGGCCGCUUCGACAACCUCUGGCUGCGCAUCACCGGCUCCUACUACCUGCCCGCCGCCCGCGACGCCUACCACACGCCCGGCCUGCACGUCCAGGGCAGGGAGAAGGCCGCGUCGAUUGGCACGGCACUCGAUGGCACGCUCAUCCGGCCGCUGGCUUGUCUCGAGUGCGCCGACUACUUAGGCUUCCUCUGCACCAAGGCCCCCGAGUCAAAGGCCUCUUUCAGCCGUCGGGAAUUUUUCAAGCUGCCUAGGAUGGAGCUGCGAUGCGACGCCACUAAUAGGCUCGUCCAGCCCGUCGUCGACAACGACCAUCGCGACAUGGACUCUCACCCUCACCACCUCCACCACCAACAUCCCUCCCCUGCACUUGCGUCUGCACCUGCACAUGCAUCUGCCCCCGCCUCCAUCGCGCCCUCGUCGAGCCACCAAUCGCCCGUUCCUGCCCACGCCCAGGCCCUCUACCAAAAGCAGCCUUACCCUCCCAUCCAAAGCGCCAAAAGGCCCUCUCCACCACCGCCCAGCGCCAGAUCCUCGCCCUACAGCAUCCCGGCCGCCACCCCCUCCGUCAACGGCUACGCCCACAGCAAUGGCGUCCAGCACUCGUCGCGCGAGCAUGAAGUCGCCAUGGACGCCAUCAACCGCCUGCAGACGCAGGUCCAGUACAACACUGCCGGCUUGCACACGCAGCGGAGAGACUUUGAGGCCGUAAAGGACUCCGUCAGCAGGCUCUCUGAAGAUUUUCAUAACGUACUCGAGUCCCUUAGGAGGGAGUUGCAGGCUCGUCCCAUAGCUGCCGUGCCUGCCGCGGCCCCCGCGCCGCCCGCCGGCUCUCACCUCGAUGAUGCGACUCUCGAGGUCUUUGCUAGUAACCUUAGCACCAUAGCAACCAAAGCGAACGAAAUUGACGCGUUAAAAAUGCAGUUGGAGAUUGUUAAGCGCAGGAUCAAGAUUAUGGAAGACAACGGCGCAUCGGCGGCUUCUGCUGCUGCUCCGUCUGCCAACAUAGCCCCGGCUCCGGCGCCUGGCCUUGUGCCUUUUGCCCCAUCUCACGAGCAAGCGCAGGCAAUACAUACAGUACAUCAGAUGCAUCCAGCGCAACUACAGCACCCGUCGCAGCCUGUUCAGCAAUAUCACAGCCAUACGACUCCGCCAAUUCCUCGUCUAGGUACGCCAGGCCGCGUCGACGUCCGAGCCGACGCGCGCCCACCGAUACAGCCGUUGCCAUCAUACCAUCACACCACUUCGCAGGAGAUGGCUCACGCUCACGAGACAUCUACUGCGCCCCAGGCUAGCCAACCCGGGCAGGCUAGUGGAUGGGUUUCGGUUAAUCCAAGCGUAAAGCGUGGGCAUCCUAACAGCAUAGAGAGUUCCGGCGAAGGCCGACAGGAAGCGCUAGGCUCUCCGAAGCGGCCGAAGCUGGCACCUCUAGAACCCCGAGUUGGGCAAGAAAAUGCGACACCUAUUCCUUACGAUCGUAUGCAAACCGAAGACGGAAGUUUUGCUGUUCAACAGCCCGUCGAGGCACACUAUGAGCAACCUUCUUCUACUCCCUCUACAUUUAUCCAGUACAGCCAAUCCAAUGACGCUGCCAUGGAAGCUUACCGCGCGCCAGCAUCCGCAGACAAGCCGAAGCGUGGUGGUAGGGGCGGUGGACGCGGCCGUGGUCGUAGGAGCAUGCCCGCAGACGGACGAGAACUCGGGACGCCAGAGUGGGACAAACCUGAUUGGAAUGGAACGCGACUUAGCCCAGAGGGUUAUUACAGUGUUACUGCCACUCAAGACAGUGCCAAGGAUCACAGAGGCAGCACAAUUGUACGUCGCGGCUCCGGUGGAGGUCCCAUUGCCAUGCGGCCGAUCGAGCUCGCCCGCCCGGGUACCUCAGGCGGAGAUCCCUAUGCUCACACCAAGAAGACUCGCACCAAGCCCGUCCGUAACGCAGACGGUGUUCUCAUUCGUAAGGAUGGUAGGCCCGACAUGCGCUCUCAAAGCAGCGCCGCGAAUCUUCGUAAAGUCCACGCACGCAAGGAACAUGAACGCGCUCUGGAACAGCGUGCGAACACGCCAACAUCCGGCAUGGCCAGCGAGUCCAUGGCCCACACCAGCCAAGGCAGCCAAGGCAGCGCGACGCCGGACCCAGAAGCGCCGCCUCCAACAACGCAGGAAAGACACGAACAGAUCAUGAAGCAAAUCUUCCCACGCGGCGUGGAAGAGUCAAAUCGCCGCAAUUUCCAUGAGCAGUACUUCCCACCCAACUCGUCACCUGGCACCGUUCCCAGGGUUAAACCUGAGAUGAACACACCGUCGGAUCGCGGGGAUACGUCGUCGGAAGGCUCGCAGGCAGAGAUUGCCAACGGCCGGUCGCCCACGGCCGAGCUGCAGAGAGGGGACGCAAUGGAGGUGGAACAAACAUCGGCGACGGCUGUCGCCCACUAA